AUGUCGACGCCGCCGACGCCGACGGCGCGGCGUCGCGCGCGGCGUCGCGCGCGCGCGACGCGCCUGCUCGCGCUGCUCGCGGCGGUCGUCGCGCGCGCGGUGACGCGCGCCGAGGCGCGCGCGACGGCGCGACGACCGACGACGCUCACGCCGGGGACGCGCGCGCGGGACGUCGAGCUGGCGUUCGGACGCGCGCACGCGUACGACGUGCGAGAUCUGAAAGCAAACACGGCGUACGAGGUGAAGGUGUCGUACCGAGCGACGAGCGCGGCGGCGAUCGCGGUGGAGUUGGACUCGGGAUGGCUCGGCGGCGGCGGGUGGUUCGGCGGCGGCGGCGGUUGGGUCGGCGGGACGACGUCGGAUGGACGCACGGAGCUACGGAGGAGGCUGCUGAACGUGGAAAAGUUAGUGUUGAGCAGACGGACGCUCGGGGAGGGGAUGACGCGCGCGCGCGUCGUGGUGCGAGCGGAGCGGGAGGGGGUGUAUUGGGCGGGCGCGACGGCGCCAGAGUACGUGACGUACGACGUCGAGGUGCAGCCGCUCUUCGCGGCGGGGAAGUUUGGGGAGAUUCCGAGACAGUCACUGGGGAUGAUUUGCGUCUGCGUCGCGUUCGUGGCGCUCGCGAUCGCGGGAGCGAGAUUCGUGGGCGACGACGUCGUCUGGCGCGCGUGCGACGCGCUAGACGCGCGGAAACGACAAUACGCCGCCGCGCACGCGUCGGCGGCGGAUGGGCUCGAUGACGCGAUGAACGUUUCGCUUCGCGAGACGGUUCCGGUGCCCGUGACUACGAUAACGAGCGACGAUUGA